AUGGCCUCCAAGACCUGGAACGUCGGAGUCGUAGGCUACGGCUUCAGCGCCAAAAUCUUCCACAUCCCCUUCGUCACAGAAGUCCCUCAGCUCAAGCUCUAUGCGAUUGUGCAGCGCACACCCAAGUCGGAUGAUUAUGCGGAGAAGGAUCAUCCUGGAAUCAAAUCUUACCGCAGCGCAGAGGAGAUGAUCAAGGAUCCCGCGGUCGACGUGGUGAUCAUUACCACUGCCCCGGAUUCGCACUAUGCUCUGACCAAACUGGCGCUGGAACACGGAAAACACGUUGUCUGCGAGAAGCCCUUCACUCCUACCUCCCAGGAGGCCGAUGAGCUCGUAACUAUCGCCCAACAGCAGAACAAGCUGUUAGCUGUAUUCCAGAACCGUCGUUGGGAUGCCGACUUUGUUACCCUUUCCAAGCUGGUGAAGAACGGCUCGCUGGGCCGUGUUGUGGAAUUCGAGACUCACUUUGACCGCCACCGCCCCGAAGAGCCCGCUGUCGAUGCCUCGAAAUGGAAGAACAAGGUCAUUCCCGGUGGUAGCGCCAUCUAUGAUCUUGGAACCCACCUGCUGGACCAGGCUGUACACCUGAUGGGGAUGCCGGAGCGCGUGACUGCCUUUGUUGGCUCUCAGCGGGCUGUGAACACGUCUGGUUUCGAGGAUUCGUUUACCGUCCUGUUGCACUAUAAGAAUGGCCUGCUGGUGACAGCCAAGGCGGGGGUGGUGAGCCCGGAGGUGGAGCAGUUGAGAUACUGGGUUCGCGGAGAGAAGGGAAGUUUCAAGAAGUUUCAUCUUGACAUCCAGGAGGAUCAACUCAAGGCUGGCAUGCGUCCUGGAGACAAUGGAUAUGCAAGGGAACCCAGCGAUCGAUAUGGUACUCUGAUCACAAUCCAAGACGGCAAGCCCGUCAGAGAGGUCGUUCCCACGGUCGAACCCCCAACCUAUACCGAAUAUUACAGGAAGCUUGCGCGGGCGCUUGCAGGAGAGGGCGAUCUCCCCGCCAGCGGCGCCGAGGCACGCGAAGUCAUUCGACUGAUUGAGCUGGCAAAGGAGAGUUCCAAGCUCGGCAAGACCAUGGACGUUUGA